UCCGAUUAAAAAGGUGACGCCGCCGCCGCCCCCAGGGAAAGGGCGACAACGGACGGAUGGACAGACCGACGGCGCAUGGAGACGACGUGGAAACGCUGAUGAACGUCUCAAUGGAUGAGGUUGUUAUGAAUGUGUCUGUGGACGUGGGAACGGGCAACGAACCGCCACCUACCAUCGUGGCGAAGGAACUGUCACUUGAAGGCCGUGACCUUCGGCACACCAUGAGUGCAAACAACAUGGUGAGUGCGCGGAACUCGACGUUCUGGCUUCAAGUAGUGGCGCAAUCGCAUUCCGAUCCAUCGCUGCAAUCUUCGUCGCCAUCCCUUCAUCGCAGUGUCAGUGUGGACUCGUACGUCGACAAGCCAUGUUCAACCUCUGCGAUUCCGUCCCCCGACAGUGUGCGUGAAGAAUCGAGUGAAAGAACGAUGGAAGAUGAAAUCGUUUACGAGCACGAACGCUACCAGAUCUUGCUCGGUUGGGGUGCCAAGGGAUGCCUGCUUCCCAUGGACCCGAAACGAUACACGAACGCCACGUAUUCCUCUCAUUACCCGAUCUUCCCUACCAUCGCACUGCCAAAGUCCACCCCGACAGGAUCCUGGGAAUGGACGUCUCCGUGGCAGAUUCAUAUCGCGGCAGAUGUCACCGACAAAGACGGAUGGCAAUACGCGAGCAGUUUCCAUCACUUGAGGCAUAACCCCUCCACAUGCUCGCCAGCCCACCGCCCCACGACUUUUACGCGGCGACGGACGUGGAUGCGGCGGCGGGAACUCGUGCCCACCGGGCGCCGCAAGUCAAUGCAUGCGCAUGCCAAUGUCGGCGUCGAUGACUCGAAUUUGGAUCGAAAGACUGGGUGGCUAUACAAGCUUGGCCACGUGCGAAAGAACUGGAAGCGGCGGUUCUUUGUCUUGGACGGCUCCGUGCUGCAAUAUUUUACCGACGACGUGGACGCGACAACCCCCAAGUCCAAAACACACAAACUCAAGGGCGAAGUGCUCUUGUUUCACAAAGACACGACCGUGCACUACGUGGACAUUCACUUGACUGGACGAGACUACACGUUUGCUGUUGAAACCAGCGGCGGAGACUACUCGCUCGUGCUGCAAGCGGCGUCGUUGGACGAGCGGGAAGAUUGGAUCUUUGCCAUCGAAGAGGCGAUUUUAUGCCGAGAGUCGUACCAGGAGACGCGCAGCUCGGAGCUCAAGCAGAAUGUACAGAAACGACGGUCGUUGACGCGGGUGGCGCCGCCAUCUGGACACACAAACGUCAUUUGCGAUCGCAUUGUGAAAGCCCACUCGGAGAAUAUUAGAAAUUUCAUUGCAACGUUUUUGCUCCACUACGACAAGCUAGCCAAACACGAAUGCGUCCCAGUCAAAGUAUUGUCUGCCAUCAAAUCGUUUCGGAUGUUUAUCGAACGCAUCUUGGCCAAGGUUCUCGAACGGUAUCGGGAAUACAUGGUUCAAAUGAAACAAGAAUCCGAGAUUGAACACACAUAUGCUGACGCACGGGACACAGCGUUGAUUCACAUUGAGCAGUUGACGUUUAUCCCAUUGCAAGACGUGCUGUACAAUUUACUCCUCGUGUCCACGGGCGAAGACGUAGCGCGAUUGUUUGAAACGAAGAGGCGGUGGUUAUCUCGUCAAAGCCAAGCGUUCUUUGACAUUCAACCUGGUCACAUGUACUAUUAAUACUGUAUAUUAUAACAACUUCUACAGUAGUAGUAGUCCACUCUAGGGCCGUGUUUCACCAUAUAUAUAUAUUUGUAGAUCCCCAUCCAAGUGGAAGGCAGCGAUUGUCCAGCUCAACCAAAUGGACAAGUAUUCUCUGCCGUUUGAAAAAGGCAAGGCGCUGAUCGAAGCAGCCAAGAGCAUCUACACACUCCACGCGAUGGAGCACGACGUCGCGCAUCAGUUGGCCGCCGACGACUUUUUGCCCAUCUUCAUCUACGUCGUGUGCCAGAGUCGGCUGCGGCAGGUGCUGCUCACGCGGCGCCUUGUGAGUGAGACCAUGAUCUCGUCCGUGUCGAUGGGCGAGGUCGGGUACUACUCGACCAUGCUCGAGGCGGCGGUCGAGUUUAUUGCGUUGUUUGAACUGCCUACCACAAUCAUCUAGUCGGGCAAAAUCACAAACAAAGGGCUGUCUUAUCGAGUUAUUUAGUCCAACUUGGCGCCGUCUCCGUGCGAGUGGGCUAUGGUGGCAGCCAGUUGCUUGAUGGCCACUCGCAUGCGAUGCACCAACUGGAUCGAUUGGCGCGACGACGUCGUGAUGGAUCUGCUGCUAUUGUCGUCGUCGUCUGCUGUUACAUCUUGCUUGGGGGGACACUGAAACAACGAGUUGAGUGUCGGCAACAGAGUUUGCAACGUCGUCAAGAGGUUGGAUUUAUGCGGCCACGCUAUCCAACUAUACUGGGAUCGCAUCUUGACGAGUACUUCCAACACAAACACGGCUUCGUGCAUCUACCCACGUAAGAAUAUUCUGUCAAUUUCAGACGCACUAUGAUUGGCUAAAAAGAACAGGGAAUUAUCUCCCAAAAAAAUCCCUCUGAAACUCGGUUUUCUAUUUGAUUUCACAGGUUCAACAAUUACUAGAUUCAACCACCACACAAAUUACAAUAUAUAAAACAACAAUCCAAACAAUAUUUUGUGGUGGAUUUGGUAUAUACAUUUCCAGACC